AGCAGCCUGAUCAGGAAGUGGCGGGCGGAGCCCUGGGCAGUGUUGUCGGUGCUGCAGCCGCCGCUGCCAGUGCGGAGACCCCCGACCUGGCGGGGGCGGCGUUGGGCGUGCGUCCGGACAGGCGGGGGGACUGAUUAGGAGCCGAAAGCGACGGCCACGCGGACGCGGGCGGCUGGCCGAGGCGGAGACAGUGGGAGGCGACAGCGGGUCGCGUGGGGCGGCCCACCUUGCUCAGCAUGCUAAAUAACUCAUCUUAAGCCUAAGUCUGCCUAAUUUCUGCCGAGUAGACCUGAUGUUAUUUCUAGAGCAGCAUUGUCCAAUAGAAAUACAAACAUUAUGGAUCCAAGCCUAUUGAGAGAACGGGAGCUGUUCAAAAAACGAGCUCUUUCCACUCCUGUAGUAGAAAAACGUUCAGUAUCUUCUGAGUCAUCAACAUCAUCGUCAUCGAAGAAGAAGAAAGCAAAGCUAGAACAUGGAGGAUCAUCAGGUUCUAAGCAAAAUUCUGAUCAUAGCAAUGGAUCAUUUAACUUGAAAGCUCUAUCAGGAAGCUCUGGAUAUAAGUUUGGUGUUCUUGCUAAAAUUGUGAAUUAUAUGAAGACACGUCAUCAGCGAGGAGAUACACAUCCUCUAACUUUAGAAGAAAUUUUGGAUGAAACACAACAUCUAGAUAUUGGACUGAAGCAGAAACAAUGGCUAAUGACUGAGGCAUUAGUCAAUAAUCCCAAAAUUGAAGUAAUAGAUGGAAAGUAUGCCUUCAAGCCCAAGUACAACUUGAAAGAUAAGAAGGCCUUACUUAGGCUCUUAGAUAAGCAUGACCAACGAGGCUUAGGAGGAAUUCUUUUAGAAGACAUAGAGGAAGGACUGCCCAAUUCCCAGAAGGCCGUCAAGGCUUUAGGGGACCAAAUAAUAUUUGUAAAUCGUCCUGAUAAGAAGAAAAUUCUUUUCUUCAAUGAUAAGAGCUGUCAGUUUUCUGUGGACGAAGAGUUUCAGAAACUGUGGAGGAGUGUCACUGUGGAUUCAAUGGACGAGGAGAAAAUUGAAGAAUAUCUGAAGCGACAGGGUAUUUCUUCUAUGCAGGAGUCUGGACCAAAGAAGGUGGCCCCUAUUCAGAGAAGGAAAAAGCCUGCUUCACAGAAGAAGCGACGGUUUAAGACUCAUAAUGAACACCUGGCUGGGGUGCUGCAGGACUAUUCUGAUGUUGCUCCUGGCAAACAGUGAACAGUUUUGUAGGUGAGCAAAGAGUUACACAUAAAAAGUCAAGAUCUUUCUUGUUGAUACUGGGAUCUGAAGACUGACUGUCUUCCCAUUCUGCUGCUUAGGACUGAGGAAAAAAGCAGUUCAGUUUACAGAACAAAUGCAAAUUACCAAACUCAAAGCUUAUUUUAAUUGAAUAGGCUAAUGAGAAAUGUGAUAUUCCCUGUUAACCUCCGUUACUUCUUGGAGGAAAGUCACUUAGCACGGCAUGCAGGUGUCUUUGCUAUUUAUCUCUACUUUUCAGUGGUUCCUGGUUCUAUUUUUUCUCUUUUAUUACUUCAGAACAAGUUUGCGAAUAGUCUUGAAUGCAAUAUUCAUUUAUUCCAAAAGAACAUAUUUAUAAUAAAAUCAUUGUAGAAGGAGUUCUAAGAAGUUAGUAAAUUCAAUUUUCUCCUUCUUGGCAGUAGUAGUUAGCAGCUUCCAUCUUUAACUCACACAGGGUGUGUGUUUGAGAUAUUGUUGGAGACUGUGAUCUGUGUCAUGUUGCUGAGCAUACGGAUUUCACAUUUGGACACAAAAUGUGCCUCUUGUUUGCUAGUGAAGCAAUAGAGAUGCACUACAUGUGAUGUUUAAUGUUUUUUUUUUAAAGGAUAAAUUAGUAUUUAGCCUCUUGGAUUUUGCAAGUCAUAGUCUCAUGCUAUCAAAGAUGAAUAGAGUCUUCUUGCCAACCUGAAUAUCAGCUUUAUAUCCCAACCCUCAUGGGGCUCUUCUGGUGAAGAGUUCCUUUAUUUCUCCAUCACUGGUCAAGCUCAUGAGAGCCACUAUUUUUUUUCCCUCACCCCCCACCCCUUCCAACUCUGACCUACGGAUGUUGCCGUCUCCCCUUAAGAACUGCAUCUCUGAAGGCGAGGCGUCUCCUCCCAUGUGCUCGUGGUGUGCACCCGGGGCCUGGCGCCCCUGGCACACCAGAGGUAUGGUCCGUGGCUCCACCUGGGGCGCGAACCCUGGACCUUUUGCAUGUAAAGCAGAUGUGCUAACCAUUACACUAUGGAGCCACCACCUCAUGAGAACCUUUAUUAAAUACAUGAGUUCUUAAGAGUUGUUGGUAAAUUAUAGGAAAUCUGUGUGGUUAUUCCAGCCUUCUGUGGCAAACUAAACAUUUUCCUUACCUAUACUUGUGAUAUGGUCUGUGGUGAUUCUUUGGGUUCAUCAUUAUAGUCCUCAUGUCACAAGUUAAAGUUGUAGUGGAUUAUAAAGACAAAAUUUGGUAUUCUCAAAAAAGAUAUUCUGGUAAUCCAAAGCAGUAAGUGUUUCGUGCAGAUGACAAGGAACCCUUUUUGCUGCUUUAGUUCUUUUUAUCUCUUCUAUUUACUUCUCACCUACAUUUACAGUGUUACCUCUUUUUCACAUCUAAGCCCCAAAACAUGGCAUGAGAAGAUGUAAAACUGAGGCUCCCCACAAGAAUUUAGAACAUGAGAAACUCAACCUGUGUAGAUUUGUAUCAGAGGUGUUUUGUUACCAUACCAAUGUCUUAUGGUAUAAAACUAGUUUUCUGUAAAAACCUGGAGCUAGCUUAUCUCCGAGUAUGCCUACUUUUUGUGAUCUAGCCCUACCAUCCUGUUGUUUUUUCCAAUUUUAUUGAAAUAUAAUUGACAAUACAGCACUGUAUAAAUUUAAA